AUGCAGCAACUUGAUAUUAGUAUGCAAGACAUUGCAUUAACUACAGAAGAUUGGGCCAUUAUUAAGGAUCUUGAACAACUUAUCGUAUUUAAGAAGAUUUAUCCAGACAGUAUAGAUGAUAUACGAAGAUCACGGGCAAGAGCUCAGUUUGAAGACGUCUGCAGAAAAUACAAGACACGACAAUAUCAUCUUGAUACAGAGCGCAUUGAACAUGAAACAGCACUUUCAUUUGCAUUAGGAAAUGCAAAUAACAGAGAACAAGAGCCAGAUUCUGAUGAAGACUUAUUUGCAUCAGAAGGCAUAUCAUUUGAAGAGCCAGAAUGGAAACGGUGGAUGCUUGAACCACGGCCAGGUGAGCAUACAGACAUCUUUAAAUAUUGGUCUUCAAAGCAAUAUCAGUAUCCAAUAGUUGCUCAAGUUGCUCGAGACCAUCUAGCAAUUUCAGCAACAUCUGCCCCAUCAGAGCGGGUGUUUAGCAAUGGCAGUGAUAUUUAUCACAAAGAAACGAAACAAGUUAUCACAAUUAACAAUUAGAUAUCUACUCUGCUUACGGAAUUGGGGUCAGUUGCCAGAUAUAGGUCGCGAGUUGUCACUUCUAUAGCCACAUUUCAUUGUCUACAGUAAUUAUCAAAGC